GCGAAAUCUGCAACGCAACCCCGAACUCAAGCCCGCCGCCGGCGUUGACGACGAAACAGCAAGAUCAGCAAUGCCUGAGCAAUCCACAUUCAAGCGCUUCGUCGAGGUCGGCCGUGUCGUCCUCGUCAACUCCGGCCCGAGCGCUGGAAACGUUGCGGUCAUCGCUGAGAUUAUCGACCACAACCGGGCGAUCAUCGAUGGCCCUACAACUGGCGUUCCUCGGCAGUCCUUCCGCUACAAGCAUCUGACCCUCACGCCUCUUGUUGUUCCUGGACUCCCUCGUGCCGCAGGCUCUGGCGUCGUGAAGGCCAAGCUUGAGAAGGCGGGCACCCUUGAGAAGUGGGAGAAGUCCGCAUGGGCACAAAAGCGCGCUGCGAUCGCCGCGAGGAGAAAGCUCGGCGACUUCGAGCGCUUCAACGUCAUGCUCCUCAAAAAGCAACGCCGGGACACCGUCCGCAAGUCCGUCAAGAAGUCCAAGGCAUAAACUGGGCGUUCCUUGGGCGCUUCUAUUCUCGCACUCAUAUCAUCUCGCUUUCUCAUUGCUGUAUGCUAUAUCAUGAAUAUGAUACGGAGUCAUGCAUCUCCUUCGGUGGCAUUUCACGAGCUCGGACCUAUCGCGGGUUCACGUUGGUAUAACAGUGUGUCGUGAUGUACGAGGAUAAUCUUAGCGGCAAUAUGGUUUUCUCCCAUUUGCAUGGGAAGAUGAGC